AAUAAUUCACUAAGAUUGUUGAGCCAUUUAUAUUGAAUACGGGUCAUCUUUUUUUUUUUGUCGUGUGACGUUAUACAUAUUUUACUUAUAUUUGGAAUAAGUGUACCAGUACGUAUUAGUCUGAAAGGAAAAAUAGGAGUACAUGUAGAUUCUGUUUUGUCUUUUUUGUAACAAAUAGAACUGUGUAUAUAGUUAACCGUAAGUAAAUGGCGGGAACAAAAGUGGAUGUUUUACGGGAAGAAGGCAGUGCGGAACAGGAAAAGAAGCAUGCUUUCAACUUCAACACAUACGCGACAAAGAAAACAAUCGCUAAAGGUCUACUGGAUAUCGGACUACUGAUGGCCAACGCCUCCCAGCUCAAGUCCUUGCUGAGUCUCGGACCUGCACAAGACUAUUACUACGCCAACUUGGUUCUUAUAUCUUUGUCAAUCUUCCUUCAAAUCACGGUUGGAAUUAUCUUGCUCGUUCUUGGAAGCAUGGAAGGGAAGACAAUUGAGGAAAAGAAAAGCGCCAACACGUUGAACAAUGUUACUGUGGGAUUUGUGUUUGCGAUUACUGUUGUGAAUGUUUUUAUCGCUGCGUUUGGUAUAAAACUGACGGAGGGAUAGUGAAAAUAGGAAACUAUGUUUCCAUAUUUUAUAUGACUUUUGGUUCUAAUAUUUUUAUCAUAUUUAUAUAGUGUAUUCAAUGUGAAAAUA